UGCCCAGAGUCCUGCGAAUCUGGUGAAGUUCUAAGGGUGAUGGAGAAAUUGGAGAGUGUUCCUUUAAGGCGAGGUUCAAGGAGGAGACCCAGGUGUCUAUUGUAGACGCAGCCGAGGCUGCAGUCUGGGGCCCAAUUAGCAGUGAGCUAAUCCGGGUUUUUGUUUAGCUUAGCAACCGCCUUCGGCGUCCCAGGGGCCCGUCGGGGUCUCUUCAGGGGCCGGAGGCCCGGGUCUGAGUCCUCCGCCCGCAGUGGCACCGGCGGCUGCGGGAGUCGCCCCCCGUGGGCACGGGGACCCCUGCCCUCGGAGUCUCGCAGCAGCGCUAAGGCAGAGAAGGAUCUGCUCACCGCAGAGGGCGGCCAACCCGGCGUCGGGGAAGGUCCGGCCGAGGAGUCGCGGGGCCGAACGCCCCGAGGGUUUCCUCCGCGAGGAGAGAGCAUCAGAGGCCCCCCGGGGGUGCGCGACUAGAGAGGACCCCACGGGCCCCGCCGCGCUCCCCCUUUCCCCCGGGCCCAGGGCCGCUUCGUCCCGAGCCCUGCGGGCGGCGGUGGAUGGAACCCUACAGCCCCGCUCCGCGUGGACUUGAGGUUCGGGCCACAGCCAGGACGGCGUUUCUAGGGCCAGGACAUGAAGGUCGCAGUGUUGGACCUCGGGUCUCUCUUUGCCAAAAUCUUCAAGACCUCGACGGCGCCCCCUGCGGCCCCCUCGCCGGUUGCCUCCUCCAGCCCCUCGCGAGGCGCUGCUGCCGCGGGGGCUGCGCGUUCCCGCCCGGGCACCUCGCUCAGCGCGGCCCGGACUUUGACCGUCCUCCCGGCCCUGGCCCCCGACUCCCCGUCCAGCUCUCGGGGGCCCUCGGUCCUGCUGCAGCCGACGCCCGUCGCGCUCCAUCCCCUGCUCGCCGCCCCCCACGCCGGAGUCUCCGUCGCCGGCCGCCCGGCAGAGGCUGUGGAGACUCCCGCUUCGCUGCCCAGUAGCCCCGGAGCAGCCAAAAUCGGGUCCUCACCCCUGCCCCUGCCCUUGGCUCUGCCGCCCGCCCCCUCCAGCGGCGGCCGCAGCUCGGCGGGCUCCCCCGCCCACCUGGUGGUCGUGGCGCGGCCGCCCCCGGGCCCCGGCGCGGUCUGGGCGGCUUAUCCGUCCAUCGGGGGCUCGGCGGGCAGCAGCAUCAGCAGCAGUGUGACCGCGAGCCCGCGGAACCCUUGCCCCCUCUGCCCUGGGGAGAGAGAGCCCAGCGCUCGGGUGCCCCCCGGGCCUGGCCCCAAGACCCUGUUCUUCACUUUGCCCGACAUCGGCGAGGAGUGGGCCUCGGACAGCGACUCAGAGGACGGCCGGCGAGGAAGAGGACUGUCAGAAGGAUCUGGAAAGCAGAGUUUCACUGUGAAAAGCAAAGAUCCUUUACCUACCCAUUUUACAAAAAAUGUACAGAAAGCCAUUGCUAAAUACAGCCGGGAAUCUGCGUCAUCAUUUUCAUCAAGUGGGAGCCCCACGCCUACAGAAGCCCCCAACUCCUGGUCUGGGUCUGGGACACAGAGUUCAACAACUGGUUUAUCUACGGAGAGGAGCUCCAUUUACUCCUGGAGAGAUGAUGAGUUUGACAAAGCCAGUGCACAGAAGGUGCAGCAGUUAUUCUGGGAGAUUGAGGAAAUGUUGUUUGAAGGGAAAGGAAGCCCUCAGACCCAGAAUCUCCAGGCUGAGUGCCGUGAAUGGGCAGGCCGGUCCCUGCAUCUGAGAGUAUUAGGAAGACAGCUCAUCCCGCCCGCUGAUGAAGGAGUUGAGCAUUUCCAGAGCAGCCGGCCUGCUUCUGCCAUCCGCGGACCCGUCCUUGAUGACUGUGGACACAGCAGCAACAUCAGAGAGCUGUGCAUCUCUGGGUCUCAGAUAGUUCCGGCCGUGCUCUCAGCCCCCUCCCUGCCGGGUCCUGAUGGUACCAGGGUUGUGGACCUCAUGGCACAUUCAUCUCUGGAAGAAGAGGUUUUUGAUGUGGAUGGAAAGAUUGAAGAGUAUUUUGCUUUUGACCGAAAACAAGAUGGCGAGGACUGUCUUGAACAAAAGCCAGCUCGUCGUCGCAGGACGUGGUGUACGCACGGACUUCCUCCCGUGUCGCCACAUGACUGUAUCAGAGACGCGGUGGCUGCGGAAGUGUUUGAUCACGUCUGGAUGAAUGUGGUGGAGGUGCUGGAAAAGCUGACCAGAAAAAACUGGGAACUUAGAGAAGGAAGAAAACAGAAAGAAAAAUUGAAAGUAGCUGAGAAUAAAUCUCCACCCAUGGUUAUUUCCCGCAUUAAUGCUGAUAUAUCCAGUGUUCCGCCAUCCAGAAGCUCUGAAACUCGAAGUGUAUCCCUGGCUUCUCAUCUUAACCCACCGCAGAUACAUCGCUUCUCCAACAAUUUUUAUAGUGACUUGAAUGGUGUGAUGACAAUUCAAGCAAAACCACUUCAGCAGAGACCUACCUGUUUUGCAGAUAGAACACAGAGUGAGCAGGAGGACAGACCACUGGGUGUAGGAUACGCUGUUCUCUCCUCAGCCCCAAACCGUCUGGCCCGGAUCACAGAUGCUCGUGGACCACAGACCUCCGCAAAGAAAACACUUGCACACAGGAGGCUGCCUUCUCUUACCUCGGACUCCCAGAGACUAAAAAUCCCCAGUGUGUACAGUGAUGAAGUUCUUAGGGGGACAAAACUGAGAUGUGGCAGGAGCUGUGAAGGUCGAUUCUUGGACUGGGAAGAUGCCCUGGAGAAAGAAAUGGCAACCCGCUCCAGUAUUUUGCCUGGGAAAUCCCGUGGACAGCCCAUGAGGUCACAGAAGAGUCGGACACAACUUAAAGACUCAACAACAACAUACCUAUUGGUUCUAUUUAUUGCUAAGGACAAGUUUCACUCUGUGUGGGGAAUUUCAGAAAAUCUUUUGGCCUUGGGGAUCAACAUCAAAUCAUUGCCUUAUUAAAAAGGCAUUUGGCACUUCCUUUAAUUGUAGAAUCACAGAGGAACAGUUUUCUCAGUCACCCAAGUGUCAGGCAAUAUUUAGGUUAAUAGCUAGUGUCUUGUUGAUUGCUUUGACAUUCCCAAAAUAGGUUUUAUAAAUGUAUUUUUGGCUGCUUUGGUUCUUAGUCACUGGACACAAGAUGUUACAUUGUGGCACAUGGGAUCUUAUCAGUAGUGCCUCAACCAAAGAUCGAACCUGCAUCUGCAAACAGAUUCUUAACCACUGGACUACCUGGAAAGUCCUGUAAUGUAGCACUUUUUCAUACACUUUUUCACUUAAACAUUAUUCAUAUUUUCCAUGUUAUUGCAUAUUUUUGAAAGCAUGAUUUUAAUGACUAUAAUUAUGUGGGUAUAUGUGUUGCCCUGUUACUGGAAAAUUUCAUUUCUUUUAUAUUUUCACUAUUAUAAUGUGCAGUGAAUAUUAUCUGACAUAAAUCUUAGUUAGGGUGUCUUAAAAUUGUUUCCUGGUGGGGAGUCCUAAAAGUAAAGCUACCAGGUCAAAGAUUAUGGAUAUUUUUAAGGCUCUUGAAAUAUUUUUUCAAAGUUCUUCUAAGAAUGGUUCUACCAAUUUUUAUAGAUCCCCUGGCAACAGACAAGACUCUUUCCUUUACAGCCUGUAAACUUUAGGUAGUAUGUGUAUUUUAAAACCUGAUGGAUCAAAACCUGUCAUAUUUUAAUUUGCAUAAGUUUAUGAUUAGUGAAUAAAUGAAAAAUAGAAUUCAUUUCUAGAGUAACCAUCUCUAUUCUUGUGCAUGAGUUGGAUCAUUUAAUUUUUCAAUGUUAUUAUCUGGUAAGGAAGGUGUCUUAUCAUCCUUACUCUUCUUUUAUUAAAAUUUCUAAUCCAUCCUGAUAAAUUUUACAAUCUGGUUGUCAAAUUUUAAAAAAAGUAUCACAUCGGACCUCAUAGCUUUAAAUCUAUUUAAAAUUUAGGAAUAACUGACAUGUUCACAAUGUUUAGUUUUCCCAUCAAAGAACAUUAUCUUGCCUCUUAAUUUUAUGGCCUUACAUAAAAUGUUGUGGUUUUCCUCACUGACGCCCUGCACAGUAGAAUUAAUUUUAUCCUGCACUGAUUGCUCUAUUCUCUAAAUUUCUACAGCAGUUGUAAUAAGAACCAGAUGCUGGACAUAGCACUAUGUUAUAUCAGCUGCAUUACCUUGUAAUCUAAUUACUUACGUGUCUUCAUCUUGUUUUCAAUAACUUCUAAUCUCCCUGAGGGCUUCCCUGGUGGCUCAGUGGUAAAGAAUCCUCCUGCCAAUGCAGGAGACACAGGUUCAAUCC